AUGUCUUUUAUGCUCGAGAAUUUUGAGAACUAUUGGGCUGAAAUCUGGAAAUUGAAGGUUACUCCAAAGGUUCGUCACUUCAUAUGGAAGUGUUGUUUUAAUUCGCUUCCAACCCGCGGAGUACUUGAGCAUAGACACCUUCUCGAGGAUCCUUCUUGUCCGUGGUGUGGUUUUGAGAAAGAGUCUAUUAUUCAUGCCACAAUCUCCUGUCCCAGUGCUACUGUUCUUUGGCAUCAAAGUGGCUGCUCUGAAGCUCUUGAACAUAUGUCGUCUGCUGGAAAUUUUGGUGAUCUUGUGUUAGAAAGGCAUAGCAGGUUGGUGGUGGAUUUCAGCAACUAUACUGAGAAAAUUUACGGGAAAAGGGUGCACUCCCAUGCUCAUAUUAGGGUGGUGUGGUCUCCUCCUCCUCCUGACGUGAUUAAGAUCAAUGUUGAUGCUUCUACAAAGGAUGAGGGUUGGGUUAGAUUGGGGGCUGUCGCCCGUGACCACUCUAGCAGAGUGUUAUUUGCUGGUGUAAGACGAGUACAAGCGAGAUGGGAUCCACUUGUUGCUGAGGGGAAGGCUGCGCUAUUUGGUUUGAAGAAGGCAAAGGAGUAUGGCUAUAAGGACAUAAUCAUUGAAUCAGACUCUGAGAUUUUGAUUACAAAGCUGAAGAAGAAUUCUUGUACUCUCUCUACCAUUGAUAGUAUUGUUGAGGAUAUCGUUUUUUGUAGUUCUAAUUUUUCUUCCAUGUUUUGGUCUCAUGUUAAGCGUGAUGAGAAUUUUGUAGCCCACCACUUAGCUAGGUUAGUGCCGUUUGGUUGUGAACAAUGUUGGGAAAACCACGCUCCUAGCGAGGUUUCGUCGUAUGUUUUUGCUGAUUUGCUUACUAUGAUAUAA